GUAAGGCGGACUAGUUUUCAUUCACCCUCUGACUUCUCAUUUAGUAGUUUCUCCAGGUUUAUUAUUCAUAAUGAUGAAGUUGUUGCUGUCGAUUAUCUUGGUGGCGUCUGUGCUCGGUGGUCCUCCUGAGGACCUGGAGGAAACUCUAGAAGAAUUCCACGACUCUCUCGAUGAUUCUAUGGAUGAGCUAGAGACGGUAGAGGGCGGACGUAUAGCAAGACAAGCCUGUGCACACCGCUGUAGACGACCUGUAGGACCCCGCAGGGGACUAGUGUACUGCUGCAGCCCGCCAUCACGACCAUUUAUCGCAUCCUUGACUCACGCAGGAGCGUGUCCCCGCGUCAGAGCGUGCAGUCCUCGCCACCGACCUGUUGGACUACCAGUGGUCUGUCCUCAUGAUGGUUACUGUCCUCGAACCCACAAAUGUUGCUUCGACGCGUGUUUAGACUACCACACUUGCCUACCAGCUAUUUAAAUCUACGCCUGUCUGCCGCAUGUCAUAUUUUUGUUAGCUUAACAAUAAAUUUAAAUUGAA